UGGUGAAUGUGGGAAUCUCGGCUGGCACGUGUUUGCGGCUCUGCCGUGCUGGGGAAGGGCAGCUUUGGUGCUUAACCUGCUGUGCUCUCAGUUUGAGGUGGAUCUGUACAAGAAUGAGUCGGCCUGCCAGACACCCCUGGACCGGCAGUACUGGGAGGAGAUCCUCAAACUGGAGAAGGCUGGAGGCCGGAAGAACUGUCGCAUCUUCACGUACACGGAUCAUGACCGAUUCACCAACCUGGAGGAGCACUGCCAGAAGGUAACUGACUCAGAUCAUGAGGUGCCAUCAUAUCUGGCAGAGAGGAUGGCUAAUGUGAGGAGGAGAAGACAAGACUGUAGGCCAACAGAAGCAAGUUCUCUGAAAUCGAAAAUCAUCACCUGGGAACCCUCAGCAGAAUUUAUAAAGAACAAUCAUGUGAUUAACACUCCUGUCCAGACCAUGUACAUCAUGGGGGACUUGGGACCUUAUGGGAAGCUUGGUCGCAGGGAGUAUGAACAUGUUCUUUGCACAAUCAAGGUGGACGACAAUGGGGUGAUCACAGUGAAGCCGGACUUUACUGGCACCAAAGGAGCCUACCAGAUUGAGGUGGAUGGAGAGAAGCGAGAGGUGUGGAAAUACACCAUUGAGAAUGCAUCUGUCCAAAUGAAACCAGAGGAGGAGGAACGUGAGCAGCGCGUGUUCAGAGACCUGUACGGGCGGUACAAGGAAUACCUCAGUGGCCUUGUAGGCUCAGAGUUUGAAAUGACUCUUCCUGGUACACUGCGGCUGUUUGUGAAUGGAGAAAUAGUUUCAGCUCAAGGCUAUGAGUAUGACAACCUCUAUGUGCAUUUCUUCGUGGAGCUGCCAAACCAGUGGUCGAGCCCAGUGUUCCAGCAGCUGUCAGGAGUGACGCAGACCUGUGCCACCAAGGCAGUGGGCUGGGAGAACGUGGCAUACUUCAGCUACCUCUUCACUUUGGAGAUGUUUUUCACCCAAGGAGUUGAAUCAGAAGAGAGUCUCCCUCAGUGGCCUAUUCUCUACUUUGAGGUCCUGUCCCUGGAUUUCUGGCAGAGAUACCGUGUUGAAGGGUAUGGUUCUUUGGUGCUGCCAGCAUCUCCAGGUCUCCAUAACCUCACCAUCCCUACCUGGCGCCCUGUGGAGCUGGGAACAGUUGCUGAGCUGAGGAGAUUUUUCAUCGGUGGAUCUCCUGAGCUGGAGGACAUAACCUACGUCAGGACACCAUCAACCUUCCAGGGCGAGCGUCUGAGCCGCUUCGGUUUUCGCACGGAGACAACAGGGAGCGUCACGUUCCGGCUUUACUGCCUGCAGCAGUCUAAAGCCUUUCUGGAAACCAGUGCCAUGAGGCAGCGCAUGCAGAGUGUCCUGGACCGGCUCGGAGGCUUCAGCCAGCAGAGCUCUGUCUACAGUGUUUUGGAGGCUUUCCAGAGAGCACGACGCCGGAUGCAGGAAGCACGCGAGAGCCUUCCUCAGGACCUCAUCAGCGCCUCUGCCUCCACUGUGCACCGGUCGCAGGAACCUUGA